AGUUUACCCUUAUUAUUUUGUCUUUCCUGGCUAAACAGAAGCAUGUCGGAGACGGCUCCGGUUGCUCCUGCUGCUCCCGCACCUGCAGAGAAGACACCUGUUAAGAAGAAGACGAAGAAAUCGGGCGCGGCCGCUGGAAAACGCAAGGCCUCCGGGCCCCCGGUGUCCGAACUCAUCACCAAGGCUGUCGCCGCCUCCAAGGAGCGCAGCGGCGUGUCUCUGGCUGCGCUCAAAAAAGCACUGGCGGCCGCCGGCUACGAUGUGGAGAAGAACAACAGCCGCAUCAAACUGGGUCUCAAAAGUCUGGUGAGCAAGGGCACCCUGGUGCAGACCAAGGGCACCGGGGCUUCCGGCUCUUUCAAGCUCAACAAGAAGGCGGCCACCGGGGAGGCCAAGCCCAGGGCGAAAAAGGCGGGCGCGGCCAAGCCCAAGAAGGCUGCUGGGGCGGCUAAGAAGCCCAAGAGAGCCACGGGUGCGGCCACUCCGAAGAAGGCUGCCAAGAAGACUCCUAAGAAAGUGAAGAAGCCGGCGGCGGCUGCUGGGACCAAGAAAGUAGCCAAGAGCCCGAAGAAGGCGAAGGCAGCCAAACCGAAGAAGCCGACUAAGAGUCCGGCCAAGGCCAAAGCCCCCAAGCCCAAGGCAGCCAAACCUAAAGCUGCCAAACCCAAGGCUACAAAGGCCAAGAAGGCGGUCUCCAAAAAGAAGUAAAUCUUAAGCGGCACCUCCUGCUUUGAAAAUCUCAAAGGCUCUUUUCAGAGCCACCCACUAAUUUCAGGUGAAAGAGCUUAACCGGACAUAAAUCCCUAAGUUUACCAACGAGUUUUGUAAUAAAGGUAAUUAAUUUUUUUAAA